AUGCCAUUUAGCAGGGAAGGUUUUUAUGCUAAGCUAGAAAAUGCUAACAAUGAUAAACAGCUGUUUAAAAUUGCCAAACAAAGACAUCGAGAUACACAAGACACUCGAGCAGUUAAGUACAUCAAAGACCUGCAAGGAAACCUCUUAACAUCAGACUCGGAUAUAAAUGAUAGAUGGAGGGAAUACUACGCUAAAUUGUUGAACGAGACACACCCCUGUGAACCAAUAAUGGAGCUUCCAACAGUGAAAGGUCCAUGGCCUGUCAUUACGCCGGAAGAAGUCAAAUUAGCUUUAAGCCAAAAAGCCAAAUGGCUAAUAAUAAGGCAACUGGUCCUGAUGAUCUGCCAGCGGAGCUGUGGAAGAAACUGGGAGACGAUGGAGUGUACUUUU